UAUCUGCCCGAUCUAGUGGACGUUUUUAGAAGCUAAAUGCAACUGAGUUAAUAACAAUAGCACGUGACAGGUGUCUGCAGUCAACGGUGUCUGCUUCGGAUUUUUUUCGAGACGCAGUUGAGCGAAAUAAGAGGUGCUUCAAAGAUGGCGAGCACUGCAGUAGUCGCAGGUCUAGGAUUAGCAGCCGUUGGUUUUGCUGGGCGAUAUGUUCUACGAACUCUACCGACACUCUCCCAAAAAAUGGCUGAAGCUGUCAAAAACAUGCCAAAAUUAGAUUCACAGUCAUUGGCAAAUAGUCGAUACUACAAAGGUGGCUUUGAACCAAAAAUGAACAGAAGGGAAGCAAGUCUCAUCUUGGGCGUUUCACCAUCCGCAAGCAAAUCAAAAAUCAAGGAGCAUUUCAUGAAGGUCAUGUCCGCCAACCAUCCAGAUAGAGGAGGUUCACCUUACUUAGCAGCUAAAAUCAAUGAAGCCAAAGACCUUCUCGAGAAAUAGUUUUUAUCUGUUACAAAAGCAAUUGGUGGUAUUUACAAAAUGAGUGUAACAAAUUAUUAUUUAACAAGAGGUGAAUUUCGAAUUAUAUUAUUUAAUAUAUAAUAUAGCUCGAUAGUAUUGUAGCUCAAUUGUAAUAGAACUCAAUAAAUUAUUUUUAGGACAUUGUUAAAA